AUGGAUGCAAAGAGAAGGCAUCCUGGAAAUGUAGAUUAUGAUCCCAAGACUCUACAUUUGCCCCCUGAAUUUGUAAAGAGUCUAACAGGUGGCCAGAGACAAUGGUGGGAGUUCAAGUCAAAGCAUAUGGAUAAGAUGGGCAAAUUUUAUGAGCUUUUUGAAAUGGAUGCCCAUGGAGAACAACCUCACUGUGGUUUUCCAGGGAAGAACUUCUCGAUGAAUGUGGAGAAAUUGGCUAGAAAGGUUGUAAAACGUGAAGUAUGUGCGGUGAUUACAAAAGGAACACUAACUGAGGGGGAAUUUCUUUCAGCAAAUCCUGAUGCUUCUUAUCUAAUGACACUGACUGAAAGUAGCCAGGGUUUGACAAACCAAAUUUUUGAGCGGAUUUUUGGUGUAUGUGUUGUUGAUGUCACCACUGACAGAAUUAUCCCUGGACGGUUUGGGGAUGAAGCUGAGUGCAGUUCAUUGUGUUGUCUAUUAUCUGAGCCGAGGCCGGUAGAAAUUUUAAAACCUGCUAAAAUGCUUAGCUCUGAAACUGAGAGAGUGCUGGUGAGACAUACUAGAAAUCCCUUGGUCAAUAAGUUGGCUCCCCUCUCAGAAUUCGGGGAUGCAGAGAAAACUUUUCGGGAAGUCAAAACUAUCUCUAAGCAUAUUGGUGAGAAUGGAAGCCUUGCUCUCUCAGCUCUUGGAGGCACUCUCAAUUAUCUAAAACAGGUGUUUUUGGAUGAGACAUUUCCUAGAUUUGCAAAAUUUGAAUCACUUCUUUGCUCUGAUUUCUGUGAGGUUGCUAAGAAACCAUACAUGAUUCUUGAUGCUGCUGCCCUGGAGAACCUUGAGAUUUUUGAGAACAGAAGAAAUGGAGACUCUUCAGGGACACUGUAUGCGCAAUUGAAUCAUUGUGUGACACCAUUGGGAAAGAGGUUACUGAAAACAUGGCUAGCAAGACCAUUAUACCAUUUGGAAUCAAUUAUAGACCGCCUGGAUGCUGUAGCAGGUCUGCAGACUCCGGUGAAGAAAUCAGAACCUCUAAUGCUUGAACUAAACGGGGUAAAUCAGGCCAAGAUGCUUGAAUUUCGAAAAGUGUUGUCUAGGCUUCCAGACCUGAAGUGGUUGCUUGCACGCAUAUUUUCUGCCAGCGAAGCCAAUGGAAGAAAUGCAAAUAAAGUAGUUUUACAUGAAGAUGCAGCAAAGAAGCAGCUUCAGGAGUUUAUAUCUGCUCUACAUGGCUGUAAGUUUACGGCCCUAUCAUGUUCUUCACUUGCUGUCAUUUUGGAAAAUGUGGAGUCUGGACAGUUGCAUCAUUUGCUAACACCUGGUAAAGGUCGUCCUGACAUCCUUCCAAUUCUUAAACAUUUUAAGAGUGCCUUUGAUUGGGUAGAAGCCAACAAUUCUGGUCGUAUAGUACCUCAUGAAGGUGUUGAUAUGGAGUAG